ACCAUUAUGGCAUGGAGUUAAUGCUGUGUUUGCUUUCGGGUUGCAUAUUUUUCCCGGCAUGUUUUAUUAUUGUGAAUGCCUAUUUGAAUUAUUUUAUCACAUUUAAACUUGAUAAGGACGAUAUAGCAAAUAUAUCUGAAAAAUGUGUAUCAAGUAUACAAGCAAUAUGUUCAUGUGUAGUUGGUAUAGUUAUUGUAAUGUCUUGUCAAGAUAUUAUACAUGACAGACAUUGGUUAACGAACGGCUAUACUUGUUUCGGUCUACCCUAUUUUGUUUAUGAUACUUGGGCGAUGUACAAUAGUCAUUAUCAUCACCAUAGAGAAAUACAGACAUGGCCAAAUUCACAGAAAAUGCUUCAUUAUAUGAAGCACACUAAACUCUUAUUGUUACACCAUUUAUUUUUUCCACUUAUAUUUUCCCCGGUGAUAUUGUAUUUUCGACAAGGUUUAGGUGAUUUUUAUAUUGGUGUUUUCUAUUUGAUAGAGAUUACUAUUCCAUUUAUCAGUGCUAGACAAGUCAUGAUACAGUUAAAGUUAACAGAAUAUCCAUCCUAUAAAGUUGUUGGUUUAUCAAUGAUAGCUGUAUUUUUUAUAAGUCGAAUACUUGUAUUCCCAUUUCUGUACUGGUCACACUCCGUUUACGCCAAGAUAUCAUUUUGGAAGGUCUUUACCAACAUACCAAUUAAGUGCAAUCUGGGAUGUCUAGCUGUUCUGUUACCCCAAUUGUAUUGGUUAGGUCUGAUGAUAAAGGGAGCUUUAAAAUUCUUUGGCAAACCAAAAACCACAACGUUAUUACAAUUGAAAAAUAAGUAGCUAACACUUUUUAAAUGCCCACAUUUUUAUGUGGACGUGUACUAUCGUCGCCCCUGUCCGUCCGGAUGUCUGUCUGUCCGUCCACAAUUUGUUUGUGGGCACGCUGCAGGUCACAAUUUUUAUCCGAUUUUGACGAAACUUGAAAAAUAGUUUUAUAUCCCAAAGAUCUUGGUUCCUUUCAAAAUCGACAGGUAAUCUAAGCGUAACUUAUGGCUCCUGAUUGUACGAAAAGUCAAGUUUUUAGCUUGUGAACACUCAGAUUUUGAUGAAACUUGAAAUGUAUGUUUAUAACUCAACGAUCUCGGAUCCUUUCAAUAUUCGUGCAUAUCAGACUGUAACUUCCUGGAUUGUGGCCCCUGACUGUACAAAAAUUUGUGUUUCUAGCUUGUGGUUCCCGAGGUCAUAAUUUUUAUCCGAGGAGGGUUGAUUUCAAAUUUCGUGAAAAUCGGACCAAAACUGCUGAACAAAAUGGUCGCUCCCUGUAUGCAAAUAGUGUUCAAGUAUGUAAUAUCAAGGUUGUGCACCCUCUAGAGAUCACAAUUCUGAUCAAAUUUUCAUGAAACUUAAAAUGUGUGUUUAUAUCCUAACGAUCUUGGUUCCUUUUGAUAUUCGCAAAUAUCGGAUUGUAACUUCUUGGAUUACGUCCCCUGAUUGUACGAAAAAAUCGCGAUUUUAGCUUGUGGGCCCUCUAGUGGUCACAAUAUUAAACCGAUUUUAAAAAUUGUUAAAUAUAUCACUGUUACACCCUGAUGAUUGUUGAGUUCGAAUUUCGUAAAAAAUCGAACCAAAACUGCCCGUCAAAAUGGCCACUGCUUGAAUGCAAAUAGUGUAAAAGUAUGUAAUACCACGGUUGUGGAACUACCUCUAGAGGUCAAAUUUUUAUCCAAUUUUGACGAAAAUAAAAAUAUGUUUAUAUCCCAAAGAUCUCAGUGGUUUUGAUUCCCCGGUUGUAUGUGACAAAGAGUUCUCUCCUGGGCCUCCGGUUUCCUCUCACUGCUAAAGACCCCUACGCGCAAGCGAAUUAUUUAAAUAAAGUUGAAGCAUGUGUUAGUCAGUCCCAAAAUUACCUAGUUUGUGUCGAGUGGACGUUAAACCCCAUUUCUCUCUCUCGACUUUUUCUUUGAAAUCAAAGGAAAAAAUUUUUUAGUGCUUAUUUGUGGCACAUACGAUCACAUCACCCAAAAGUUUAUAUGUUCUUAUUCAUUCUACUGAUCACCACCAGCAAUUUCUGUUUAUGUCUGAGCAUACAGCAGCAAUGGAAUACUAGGAUUACCCACAUACUUAUUACCCAUACCAGACAUAUCAAUACAAUGUUUGUUCAUGUGGUUGGGUCAAUUUUUUUAAACAGAUAGGGAGAGAGAAAAAUGGGGUUUAACAUCCACUCGAGGUUGGACAGGCAACCCUACUCCUUGUCACGUACAACCGGGGAAUCGAAUCAACGCCACUCAACUCAGUGAUGGACCUUAUGAUACAGCGAGCAUGUGCUAACCAUUCAGGUUUUUUUAAAUAACUCUUUCGAGAAUGCUUGCAGUCGAUUUUACAAAACAUACAAGUUAAUCAUGACAUUAUAGUUUAUAUUGCUAUAAAAAUUAAAAUCCUCACAAAAUACAUAUCAAAAACACUUGAUAUCAUGAAGAUAUAUACAUGAUAUUAUUUGUAUUUUCACAAUUUGGUUUUAUUUAAUCAAUAAUUUUAUACAAUUUAAUUAUUAUUUUUCUGUUUUAUUAGUAAGUACUAAGUAUCUUAAAAUAAUAAACCUAUUAGUUAAUAAACUAUGACACAUACUUCUGGAAAAAAUAGCUACUUAUUUAUUUGCGCGACAUUUCGAAGAGUAUUAUCUAUGUUACCAACCUAAUACGUUGAGUGAAUACUCUUCGAAAUGUCGCCCAAAUAAAUAAGUAGCUGUUUUUCCAUAAGUAUGUGUUAUAGUUUAUUGCUCUAUUGAGUUACUAAAUGCCUGUUAAAGAUUAUAACUUAUUAGUUUUUGUAUGAAUUAAUUUAUUAUGCAAUGUGUAGUACUAUGCAGCACUAUGAGUCGCUGGGGUGGAAAGUCAGUAAGCCAAAAACUCCUCACAUCCAACGUGUGACGCAUACUUUCUUCUGCUACAUAUUUUAAUAGCCUUGAGAUCGUCUAGUAUUGUCUCUGGUUAUAUUUGUAAUUCUCUUCUUUUGGCUAGGACUUGUAUAUGUGUAUAUUCUUCUUACUAUCUCAGUGGUUAAGACUUUAUCUUACCAAGAAAAACAAUGCAACAGUUCAUUUCUACAUUUUUAUGUCAAGCUAGGAUACAUAUGGUUACAAUGCAUGAUAGAUUACACUACAAUACUUAAAACUAACAUGUCUUUCUCUCAACCCCCUAACUUGCAGAUUGAGUUUACUGACAGAUGCCGACAUCAUAUGGGCAUGGCUUUCCUACAAAUCAAUGGGGUCUACUCCAUCCCGCUGGUGUCUCCUGAACCAUGGCGGUGUCUCCCGAAUUAAGCGGCAGUCUCUAGAAACUCAGAUGGUAAUCUUUACGGAACCCGCUUGGUAUCUGAUCUUAAAGGCCUGGCAGAGUCUCUUUUUGUAGGACCCAUAUUGAUAGUGGCCUUGAAGGCUAUCACGCUGAGAUCAGUCUAUUCUGUGCAAUUACUGAUAUGACUAGACUAAACUUGGCUUAUGAUGCAAUAGGAAUUUUCUGGUUUCACCUAUGAUCAGCUAUGUUUUGGCUUUAUAAUUCUUUUUCUGUAUCAAUUGUCACUCAUUUUGAUUUAAGUGUGUGAGACUAUUAGCCAAAGAUAUAAUAUUAAUACAGUGCUAUUAAUUUAAAGAGCAAAGAUUCUACAAUAGUCUUACAAAUGUUGUUUUUACUCAUAAUUGUUUUGCUCAAUACCUAUAUUUUACGAAUUUUGUAUUAUUUUAUAUUUAUUUAACAUUGUUUGAAAUUUGUAACAAAAAUUUUGGUUUGUAU